AUGAGACACUUACAACGCAUACGAAGCGUUGCCUCCCAGUUAACCCAUCGUACUUGUGUACCGGCUACAAAUACCAACGUCGCACGCUGGAACUCUACAACAAAACCCCCUUCCCUCCCCACUCGCCCUUUGCCCCCGACCUCUCAGCACCAUGAUCUUCCCUCUUUCCUCGCAUACGCCGCGCGAACCGGGCUCUCUUCCGCCAGCACAACUUAUGUAGGCACUCACUACGAGUACACCGUCUUGCACUCACUUCGCGCCUACGCCAUCGACCUCACUCGUAUCGGCGGCCGCGCCGACUCCGGCAUCGACCUCGUCGGCACCUGGCACUUGCCAUCGCACCCCUAUCCUCUCCGCGUCAUUGUACAAUGCAAGGCGUUCCGCAACAAACUAGGCCCCAAUUUAAUCCGGGAGCUGGAAGGGACGUUUGCAGGUGCGCCCGUCGGCUGGAGAGGAGAAGGGAUAAUAGGGAUGUUGGUCAGUCCACGGGAGGCGACGAAGGGGGUGAGAGAUGCGUUGACAAAGAGCAGGUUCCCCCUGAUGUGGAUUCUGGCAGAUUUGGAGGACGGUGCGGUUAGGCAGGUCUUAUGGAAUGGGCGAGCGAGCGAGGUGGCGUUGGAAGGAUUGGGCGUACAAGUUAAACAUUUGAUGGGUUCCGGGGAGGUGAAGCAGAAGAUUGUAUUGACCUGGGAUGGGGAGGAGGUAAAGGGACUUGAUUCAAAUGACGAUGGCGAAAAGCCGUGA